CUGCUAUAUCGUUUUAGGUUCCACUUUUAGCUUUUCACUCUGACGCCAUAUUCCAUAUUGUGGAAGAGGGAACUAGUCCACAUCAAGAACCAACUCAUAGGUUUCCCUCUGUCAAUCAUCAUGAGUUUACGAAAGGGAAGCAGACAAUGAAUUGGGCACAGAAUGGCGUAGAAAUCCCCUAUUUACACAUGUAUAUGUGGUAGUGCGGAGUGGGAGGAAGACAUAAGCCAAGAUGAUUUUCAUCGACAAUAACAACGUUAAGUAUGAGGUCUGUCAGAUCACUGUAACAGAUGAUAGCGAAGUGGAAUUUACAGUCGAGAACCAGCCAAGCAAACGUGUGGUAGAGCAGACGCCAUGUAAGUUUACUCCACUACAUUCAGAUCCCACAGAACAAGUACAGAUACUGCCAGUCGAGCCGGGCGAGCAUCGGAAAUGUUCAAUGUGUGAAAAACGUUUCACUGACACAGAAUCAUUGGAAAAGCAUAUGGGUUUACACACUUAUGGGAGGGGAAAUAACUGUGAAAUUUGCGGGAAGUCCUUCAGUGCUAAAUCCUUUUUGAAAGUGCACAUGAUGGUUCACACUGGGGAGAGACCUUUUACAUGUGAUAUCUGCCACAAGGGUUUUUCUCGAAGCUCCAACCUCAAGGCUCAUCGUCUGACCCACACCAAUGAAAAGCCUUUUAAAUGUGACAUCUGUGACAAGGUUUUCACUCACCCCUCGAACAUGAAGAAGCACAUAAAGUCUCAACACACAGAAGGGAGGCCUUACAAGUGUGAAUACUGCGAUAAGAGCUACAAAUUAUCCAAGCAUUUAAGGAGGCACAUUAUGGUUCAUGAUCAAGAUAACAAAAAUAAAGUUCAGUACGUCUGCGAGGAGUGUGAUCAAACAUUUUCAUCACUUGAAGCAGCUAUAAAGCACAAAGAACAGCAGCAUGAGGCUGGUGUUCCUGCAAAUGACAUGCAAGAGUUCGUUGUUGAAGAACUUGUUUCAGAUGUGAAUGGUGCCUUUUCAUUGAAGAAAGAUAUUAAAAUUCCACCCCAGGCUAAAAUGCCUACAAAUUCUUUAUCUAAAGGGACAGGGAAUAUGAGGAUAAAGUGUGAUCACUGUACGAAAAGAUUUCAAAAUCAGGUAGACUUGGAUAAGCAUAUGACACUGCAUACAGGAGAGCGACCUUUCAAAUGUUCCAUUUGUAACAAAGGCUUCAAUGCAAAAUCAUUUCUGAAAGUCCACAUGGUGACACACUCAAAUGAAAAACCGUAUGAAUGUGAAGUAUGUGGGAAAGGUUUCAACCGACCCUCAAAUCUGAAGGCUCAUCGAGUUACUCAUGAUAUCAACCCCAAACCAUACCCUUGCAAUAUAUGUGGGAAAAUGUUUUCACAUCCAUCUAAUGUCACAAAGCAUAUCACAAUUCACACAGAUGAAAGGCCUUACCAGUGUGAAUAUUGUGAUAAAAAUUUCAGACAAUCCAAGCAUCUAUCACGACACAUGCUUAUCCACACUUCUGCACCAGGUUCACUUCGAUGUGCUCGGUGUGAGAAAAGAUUCUUGGAUGAAGACCAGUACCUUCAACACAAGAGAGAGCAUGAGCAGAAAAGUCAGUUCAAAUGCGAGUUUUGCGAAAGAACUUUUUUCCGUUCAUCACAUCUAAAAAGACAUGUACUAACUCAUACCCAUGGUCGAGCAAAUUCCUGUGAUUAUUGUGGAAAACCUUUUAAUUCCAUGGCGAAUCUUAGGAGGCAUCUGAUGAUAAAUCAUAAGAAAGAUACCAAAUAUCAGUGCCAAGUCUGUCAUCAGUUGAUUUUGCAACCAUCUCAUCUAGCAAAGCAUAUCAAAGAGCACCAGUGCCCAGUUGUUUCAGUGAAGGAAGGGGAGAAAAUUUUCCCCGAAGAAACUAAUCAAGAUGAGAGAGCUUAUAAAUGCUACCUUUGUAAGAAGAUGUUCAAACAACAUAUCCUACUUAAGAAACACCUCCAGGUCCACAAUAAGAUUCUUUACAAAUGUGGAGCAUGUGACAAACUUUAUUCUUCCAUGGCCGCCCUGAGAAAGCACAUUGUUGUACAUACUAGUGACGGUCCAUUUAAAUGCAACAUGUGCUCAAUAGAAUUUGAGCAGUAUUCCGAGUUAACAGAGCAUCAUCAAAAAUGUCAUGCAGCUAGUAAAGAUGAAAGAAAAUAUGUAUGUGAAGUUUGUGGAAAGAGAUUCAGAUAUCGACUGUCUGUUCGGAAGCACAUGGAGCUGCAUAAUAUGGAAGAAGACAAAACUGCAAUGUUUCAAUGUGACGUUUGCACAAAAAAAUUUCGUCACAUUUCUUCACUUUCACGCCACAAGAAAAGUCACGAGCUACAAACAUUUGAGAUGAAGGGAGAUGGAGGUGUGUCCCAGACAAUACAUUAUGUGUUGGAACAAGGUGUCCCCAUCUCCAAUGAAAUGGAGCUGCAGAACCAGACAAUACAAUUAAUACCAAAUGAUGAAGUUCCUGGAGAGGUAGCUGAAAUUGAAAUCCCAGCCAAUGCAGUUCCAUACAUCACUGAAGAAGGAGGACAGCAAGUAUUGCACAUUGCCAUUAAUGACACAGAAAACCAGAAAUCAACACAGUCAGUGAUGUCAAAUGAUGCAGGAAAUGAAUUAUCAGGGGUUAAAACUAACAACAGUCAUACAACAGGUUUACAGACGUCCACGACAGGGACUGCUGGUAAGGCAGAGUAUCAAGUUGUGGCAUCAGGUGAUGGAAAAACAGAAUACCAGAUUAUUGAGACUGACAAUUGUGGGAACUCAGGGGUGCUUGUUGUAUCAACGGACAAAAGUCAGGUUGCCAGUAACAACAAAACAGACACGGGUAUGCAUGUUUCUGUGACGGAGAGCAGAGCAGUAAGUGAAGUGUCGGGAAAAUUUCAAGUUGUAGCCCCCAACUCAAAGAAUGCCGAAGUGCUUGUUCAUACAGCUGCAGGCAAAAAAUUUCAUGAAGGAUCAGAAACUGUUUCAAAUGGGAACACUCAAACUAUGACAGAAGUGCAACAAAUUGAAGAGAAACUAGAAACUGUGACAUAUUUGAAUUUCAGUGAAGGACAAGUGGACAAGAAUUCAUUUGAUGACAUUUCCUUUGUGGUGUCCAGUGAUGAAUCUGGAAAGCAGUAUUUCCAAGUUCCAUCAGAAAUCCUCGGCAAAGCUUUCAAUCUUCAGGCUUUGCAUGCUUCAGGAGAGCCACUAAAGAUUCAAACUGAACAAAGUGCCACUGGGAAAUCUGGCAAUAGUGCAUCUGUGGAAAAUGUCAAGAUUAUAUAUGCAGAUACCCCUGCAGUAAGCCAAAUUUCCUAUGACGGUGAGUACAUCCAGCUUAUCGAAGGAGCUGAGAAUUCCGAGAUAGGGGAAGGGGUUGACCAUCUUGCAGAAACUAUUGUUGUCUUGGAGUCGCCCUCCAAUAUUUCCAAUACUGACCAUUCCUAUGUUAACACUUGUGAAACUAAUGUUAAAUCUGGACCAGACAAGUGAUCCAGUAUGAUGUACUUAAGAUUAAGAGUUCCUAAAUGUUUAUUAUUCUUUUCAAAGGUAAGCAUGUUUUGUAUUAUGUUAUACAUUCUCAGUGUAUCAAAAUCACAGAAGUUUUUUUUGUAUGCUUGCUAAAGGCUUUAUUCUUAUUUAGAAUUUUUGUCUGACCAGACAUUACACGUGAUGGAGUAGGGUCAAAAUGCAUCAAAUGAAUGCUGUUAUAUGAAUGCAGUUUAACAGUUCACUUUUUAUAAACCAGUAUUUCAGAUGUUUAUCAAUGAUGCAACUUUUUGUAAGUGACCUAAAUUAAUAGUGGUAAAUGGUUGUAUAUAGUACAUUUAUUAUGACUGGGGUAAAUUACUGUAUCAUGUGAGUAAUUUUUCUGCAUUUUGGGGGUAAAAUUAUUGUAUUUAUGUGGAUAAAAUUACUGUAAUGUGUGGAUAAAAUUAUUGUAAUAUCUGGAUAAAAUUAUAUUGUAAUAUGUGGAUAAACUUAUAUUGUAAUAUGUGGAUAAAAUUACUGUAAUCUACAGAUAAAACUGUUGCAAUAUGUGGAUAAAAUUACUGUAAUAUGGGAAUAAAGUUAUGGUACUUAUGUGGGUAAAUUCGUCGCAUUAUAUGGGUAAAAACUACAUUAUCCCAUGGUGGAAAAGUUGUACGAUGUAUGAGUUUGUGUAUUGUUACACCUUUGAAAAACAUUUAUAUUCUAUAACACUGUCCUUGGAUUGCAUGAAUACUGCUUUACUGUAUCUGAUCACCAUUUAGAUUUGUGAUUUUUUAUUAUCAUAAUUUGUUUAAGUGGGAAUACUGAUUUAUAUUUGUAUUAUUUAUUACUUUUGAGCUCGUAAAGUGAAAUUCACUUUGAUUUUCCUGUUGUUUCCUUCCGUGCCUUGCAUUAUUAAUGAGGACUAAUCUCUGCUACCGAAUAAAUAAAUGCUUGCACAUAU